AUGAACCAACUUGAUGUCGGAUUUGGAAAAGGGUCAAAAUAUGAAAAUAAUGUGAGUCAACUAAAGCAACUCUCAAUUUUAUCGUUGUUAACUGUUAAGUACUGUUUAAUAAGCGAGGUUCAUUCAAAUGCAUUGCACGGGAGGGGAGACAUACAGUCGACAAAAUGUUACGCAAAAUUCACGAGAAUAUAA